AUGUCUGACUACAAUGUCCAAAAGGCUGGUUUCACUUCCUCCGGGAUCGCAGGAGGAUCGCGUGCUUCAUCGAUGAUGUCUCAAGAAGCAAAAUCGUCUGGGGGAGGUGUGCAUUCUGGAGGCCCUACUGCUACUCUCCAAGAAUUUG